AUGGCCUGGGAUAUCCCGGUCAUGACACGGCUUGACGAUCUUCUAUGCAACCGAUGUUUCAUGGAUGAACAUGGAGUUGAAGCUUUGGCCGAGGCCUUGCUCGAUUGGCUUCGUAUUCCUAUGCUAAAGCAUCGCCAACAACUUGAGCAAAGACUCCGCACUCCAAUCAACGAGCUUGGGCGCUAUACAAAAUACGACUGGGAUCUGAAAGGAAUGGUAGCAGAACAGCAAGCGGAUAUUCAGCCAGACCAUUCUGGGCUUCUUCAUUAUGCUGAUGUAGUGUUGUUCCAGCGACAUCACGACCAAUUCAGUGAGUUUUGGGACAGAAAGAAGACACGAAGGGGGGGCCCUUUCGGCGACCGACCCCCGCCGCCCCCAGAAGAGAUUGCACAUGUCAAGGCCAUGACAACAGUUUUUGCCGAGCAUGGAGAGGAAUAG